AUGGAUUUACUGACCUGUCGUCGUGCCAAAUUCCAGGGCUCCAGUGGAGGUGAGGAAGACGGCGGCGGCGGCGGCAGCAAUAAAGGGGUCCUAAUCCCAGCAGAAGGUGUGAGUUUCCCUCUUCAGCGCGAGCAACUUCCCUCAGUGCGUCCUGUAGUUCCGCCGGCGUCUGCCGCGGUGACUAUCUUCUACGUAACAUGGACCGGACGUUGA